GAGACUUCAGAAACGUACCCUACCAUUGUUCUCCCAACCACCUUCCCCCACCCACACCAUCCUGAGCGGCGAAAGCACGAGCUGCGGCGGCCAUGGCGGAGCUCGGUGGCAUGCUUGCUGCGGCCAUCCUCAAGGUGGUUGGCGAGCAGAUUGGUUCGGCGAUCGGAAGUCAGAUCGCGCUGCUGAAGAACUUCGACAAGGACCUCAAGAAGAUGAAGAUGGCUCUAGAGAGUGUGAACGACGUGCUUGAGGAUGCCGAGAGGCAGUCGAUCACAGAUAAAUCAACAAAGCGGCUCAAGGACUUCCUGUAUGAGAUCUCCGACAUGAUUGAUGAGUUCCAAGCAGACACACAAGCCAUCACCCAGCCGUCUGCACGCAAGUCCUCCUUCAAAAAAUAUUUGGCAAUUAUGAUCCCUUGUCUCACAAUUGGUCCCAAGAUUACAAUGGCCAAUAAGAUGGAGGAGAUGAGGGAUGCUCUGGACGUGAUAACAAAUCAUCACAAGAAAUUCAAAUUAAAUCAAGGCAAUAAUUCCAAUGAGCCAAAGGUUACAGAUAUACGGGAAACAUCGUCAACCUUGGAGACACAAAUCAUUGGGAGGACUCGGGAGAGCGAUAUAAUAUUGGCUUCUUUAUUUGAGAGCAUGACAAAUGACAUCACAGUCCUUCCUAUAUAUGGCAUUGGAGGCCUUGGCAAGACAACCUUGGCAAAAAUGGUUUACAAUAGUUCCCAAUUCAGUGGGUACUCUCAAGUGUGGGUUUAUGUGUCCCAAACAUUUGAUUUGAUCAAAAUUGGGAAUUCUAUAAUAUCACAACUAUCAGAGAAAGAUAAAGAGAGUGGGUACACUGGAAAGCAGAUGAUCCAUAAAUCCCUUGAAAAGCUCCUUGCCAAUAAGAAGAUUCUGAUUGUUUUAGAUGACCUGUGGGAAGACAACAUAUCUCAUUUGGAAGAACUGAAAGAUAUGUUAAAAGUUGGGGAGAACAGCAUGGUGGUUGUUAUAGCAACCACACGAAGUGAAGGUAUUGCAAAUAAAAUGUCUACCAUCCAACCAUACAAAUUAGCACCGUUGACUGAUGAUAUGUGUUGGUCUAUUAGAAAGAAAAAGAGUGCAUUUGAAUCUAGAGGUCACAAAGAACAAUUGGAGGAAAUAGGGAAGGUUGUCGGUGUCAAAAUCGGCGGAUCUCGGGUAGGUUGCAAGCUUUAUUCUCUUGGUUGUCUAGUUGCUGAUGCCUGA